GUGCCUAAACUUGUUACAGAUAAUCAAACCAAUCAAACGUCAGUUGUUGGGGGAUGUCUCAAGGAUAUGUACAAAUGUGAGAAUUGUGGCUGCUAUGGAUUACGGAACAACUUCUACAAAAACGGAAAGUUCUGUGGUCAGGAAUGUGCUGAAGUUUCGCAGAAAACAAAGAAUCGAAAACAAAAAAUGUCAGUUCCACGCCAUAAAAACAGAAAACGUCUCCUUCAUCCAUUCAGUUUUUCACCUGAUAAUGUUGAGCCAGAAAAUAAAGAAAUGAAGUUGUCAAACUCCAAUAAGGAAGAUUCCUCUUCAAGAUCAGUCUCUCCAGGAAGAAUUAUAACAAAAUCCAAACCUUUCAGUUGGUCCACAUAUUUAGACCAAGAAAAAGCCAAAGCUGUUCCUGUAAAAGUAUUUCGUGAUUAUCAGAGUUUUCCUACCACAAAAAAUGGUUUUAAAGUUGGGAUGAAAUUGGAGGGAAUUGAUCCUCGUCACCCAUCCAUGAUCUGUGUUCUCACCAUUGCUGAAGUCUCUGGUUUUCGGCUGAGGUUGCAUUUUGAUGGCUACUCAGACUGCUAUGACUUCUGGGUGAAUGCUGACUCUCCAGACAUUUUCCCAGUUGGCUGGUGUGAGAGGACAGGACACAAGUUGAACCCUCCCAAAGGAUGGAGCAUGAAAGAUUUUGUAUGGAAUCAGUACUUGAAGCUGAGUAAAGCCCAUAGUGCUCCGAAACAUCUGUUCUCACGUAAAAAAUCACAGCAAGUUACGCCUCAUGGAUUUCAAGUUGGAAUGAAGCUGGAAGCUGUCGACAAGAAGAACACCACUCUUGUUUGUGUAGCUACCGUGACUGACGUGUUAGACUCUCGAUUCCUUGUCCAUUUUGACGGAUGGGUUGACAUGUACGACUACUGGGUUGACCCAACCUCACCCUACAUCCAUCCUAUUAACUGGUGUAGAGAUACAGGACACAUCUUAACACCACCAAACAGUGAGUUUUAUAGGAUUUACCAGAUUGAAAUACAGGACUAGAAUCGACUAGUGUCA